ACAAGCACAUGAUUGUCACGUGGUGUUGAUAUAUCGCGAUUUAUAAGUGCCCGUUUGUAAAUAGUGUGUACAUGUUGAUUUUACAUUAACGAUCAAACGACACGGGAUGUGAAGAGAUUUGCUAAAGGUUGUGACCUUUAUUCUAAGAAAAUGAUAACUUAAAAUCUGAAUGUUGAUUUUUAAUUGAUUUUACAAAAUCAGAUAUGCUUCUCUGCGUGAUUAAAUAGAUUUUCACUUAAAAUAAUCUAGUUAGUGGGAAUUUGUGUCUAAAUACGUGUUAAAAAGAGACUCACAUUUAAGUCCUUCUGGGAGCAUAAUAAUUAGUGCAUAAUAAUGGUUUGAUAAAUAACUCAAAUAAUAUUUUAGUCAUACGUGCAUUAAACAUCCUUAUUAAACAGAAACAACACAAUUUUGAACCAGUGUAAUUGAAGUCAAACUGUGAAAUAUUAAUAUUUUGACUUAUUGGGGCUACAGUAUUAUAUAAGUGAAGAGAACGGCUCAGUGAGUGUGUUAAAUUUAUCAAAGCAAAAUAAAAAAACAGAUUGAAAAUGUCUGACUCCGAGACUUCACCGCUGCUACAUCAGCGCAAGUUGCCGCUGUUGCAGAAGUUCUCGUACAGCGUGGGCCAUGUCCUGAACGAUCUUACAGCCUCCAUGUGGUUCACCUACAUGAUCAUCUACUUCCAUCAGGUGAAAAACUUUGACAACGGCUUGUCUGGAAACUUAGUUCUUAUUGGACAGGUCAGUGACGCCAUUUUCACUCCUUUAAUCGGGUACGAGUCUGACAAGGUACGGGGAUGCGGCAACAUGGGAAAGAGAAAGACAUGGCAUUUCAUAGGUACCUUGUGUGUUUUACUAAGUUUUCCGUUCCUGUUCAUCGGUUGUAUCACAUGUGAUAAUGCAGAGGACGUGCCACAGUUCAUCUACUACGUGCCGUUUGUCGUGAUAUUCCAGUUUGGCUGGGCGGCCACUCAGAUUAGCCAUCUGGCUCUCAUAAAUGAUCUCACAGAGAACGAGCAUGAGAGGACUGGUCUCAAUGGAUACAGAAAUGCCUUCACUGUUUUAUCCAACGUGGUCGUGUACGGUAUUGCAUGGGCGAUAUUUGAACUAAAACAUUCAGUUAGCACCUCCAAUGAUCUAUCGGCUGCAGACCAUGAUAAAUUUAAGCUGCUGGUGCUGAUAGUGGUGGGUGUGGGUCUAGUGUUCAGCGUGAUAUUUCUCAUUGGCGUGAAAGAGCGUCCACACCCUUGCCAUGAGGAUGAGCCCACAAACUCUGAGUCACAAGAUCUCAACUCCCUCGAGAAAUCCACGCUGAAAAAGAUGGCCAUGACUUGGACAUGCUGGUUGAGAGAACACCAGUUUUAUCAGGUUGCUGUUAUCUACAUGGCGACAAGACUUUUGGUAAAUGUGUCCCAAGUCUAUCUGCCCAUGUACAUCACAGAGACCAUCAAAAUGGACAAGCAAUCAAUCGCCAUCGUCCCUUUGAUUGUGUAUGUGAGUGGGUUUGUCACUUCCCUGGCCAUGGAACAUGUGAAUCGCUAUGCAGGUCGCAAGAUGACCUACGUGCUAGGUUUAGGAUUCUGUGUGGGUGCCAGCAUCGUGUUCUACCUGCUGCCUGAGGGAAGCCGGCUCGUGUACCUGGCUGCAGUGCUCAGUGGCAUCGGAGGCUCUACGAUACUUGUUACCUCCCUUGCCAUGACCUCGGAUCUCAUCAAGGAUAAUAAUGAAAGCGGUGCCUUUGUCUAUGGUGCUAUGAGUUUUACCGACAAGCUGUCUAAUGGAGUUGUAAUUGUCAUCAUUCAGCAACUGCAUCCCUGUGCUGUUAUUAUGUUCAAGGAAAUCAGAGGGUGCUGUCCAUUGUGUAAGGAGUACUACAGACAGAUCAUGACAUUCGUGCCAGGUGGCUGCGCCAUUCUAGCGUUCAUUUUUCUGCUAACUUUGCUGCCACAGAAACUGGGCAUGAGAAGAAAGCAAGCUAGAAUCCUGCAGCCCGUCCUUGCCGCCCAAACAAGCAGAUAUGGCAGCCAUGAAAGCACGGAGCCCACACGGCGUGACAGCCAUCUUGUCAACGACAGGAUUGUUGAGGACCCAAAGGAAUCCAGUGGGGAUCUGGACUCCGGGUCCUCUGAGUCUGAGCCAAAGUACGCUACGUGUAAUAGACUGAGUGCUGCCGAUGCUGUUAUACGGUAGCCCGGGGCAUGAAGACAUUUACUCAAUGUGCUUUUGGUGCUGAUUUGCUUUGACUGCAUUUCUCUGCUUAAAUGGCUGGAUUUUCAUAGAUAAUUGGUGGAUGUGGAGUAUGCUUUGUUUUAUUUCAAACUUUUUUUUGUAAAGAAGAUUAUGUAUUUCAUAUGUUGGUUGUGUAAUGCCUAAAAUUUAUUCUUUUGUUUUAUUAGCUCACCUGAGCACAACCUGCUCAUGUUUAGCUUUUGGGAUUGCCAUUUGUCCGUCUUUUGUUCUGCUUCGUGCAUUGCGUGUGGUUAACAUUUACCAAUUGAACAAUCCAGAGGCCACAUUUAUUUCCCAAUCUAAUUAAAACUUGGUCAGAAUAUUUGUCUCAUUGGAAUCUUUGUAAAUUUGAAACUGGGUCAUUUUGGGGUUAAAAUUGGUUACUUAGUCACAUUAAAGAAAAAUGUUGUAAAUACAGGGGGGCCACAUUAAUUUCGAAGCUUCAUGAAACUUGGUCAGAACAUUUGUCUUAAUUAUGUCUCAGUAAAGUUGUAAACUGGGUCAUGUUGGGUAAAAAACUUGGUCACAAGGUCAAAUGAAAGAAUAAGCUUGUCAAGCAACCUGGAGCCACAUUUAUUGUCCAAUCUUUAUUAAACUUUGUCAGAACAUUUUCCCCAAUAAAAAAGCUUUCAAGUUUGAAACAUAGUCACAUUAUGUCAAAAACUUGAUCACUAGGUCAAAUAAAAGAAAAGCUACAUGUGUGAGAUAUGGGUCGGUCUAUUAAAAGACAUGUUGCUGUGAUGUUUUCCAUAUGUGGUUAAGUAAAAACCGUUGGAUGCUCUACACGUCAAAUUUUCAACCUAGUCAUGAAAAUUGCUCUCAAAUAAAAAUAUUGUUUUGUUAUGAUAUCUAGGACAAGCUGUCACAUGUUGAUGCAGUAUUCCUUAUUAGUCAUUUGUUAAACCUUGUGAACGCUUUCUGUUCCAAAACUGUUUAAUUCUUUUAGGUCUUAGAGGAAUGUUUACAAGCCUUUGGACAUCUUGUUUUCUGUUUUUUUUGCCCAUUUAUAUUAUGUUUUUUUAUGCUUUUGCAUGUUUUGUUUAUGCUUAAUAUAAGUAAUCUGUUGUAUGUCUGUCAUGAUUUAGACUCCUCAUUUAGUACAUGUGGUGAUGUAUGUUCAUCUCUGUGCAAUCCAACAUUGCGUUGUGUUUGUAUUCACAUAGAUCAACUCUAUGAAGCAUGGACUGAAAAUAGAAAAUAAAUGUUUGUAUUUUUUUUUCAAAUAAAGUAUUUUUAAUGUUGCUAGUAGAUGAUACAGAAUCUGAUUGUAACAUUGGAUUUUGUAUCAAAUAUUUGUUUUAUAUUCCUCAUUUGUAUAUAGAUAGAAAUUUUUGUAGAUAUCAAGAACAUUAUGCAUCAGACGUUUAUUAAAUAUUUACAGGUGUCAAUAUAUAUUUAAACAUUUUGUCAUGUGGCUAUAUAGAUAUAAUCACCCAAUACCCAGUAUUUGCUUUUCAAACGAGCUAUAUAUUUUUGAAGUUAACACAUGCUGAAAGCAAAAUUUACAUUUUCUUUGCAUAACAGUUCAACAAUUCUGUGGUAACAUUUCCAAACAUGAAUGCCUAAAACAAUCUGUUGAGGACACAAAUGGUAACUGUUUGGCCGACGAUAAAUACAUUGUGUAUGAUUUGUGUUACAGAGUUGUAUUUAAAUUGUAAUAACCUUCUUUAAAAUGUUGACAUUAUUGCAUUCACUUUGAGCUUGUGAACUUUAUUUCUCAGUUCAACAGGUUGUACAUACAACCCAGGGACCUGUUUGUAUAGGUCCCUGUACAACCUCACUUUAAAAGCCUUUUAUUUUCAGGAAUUAUCUGCUACCUGUUGGAGUGUAGGUCACACACCUUUGUUUGGACCUGCGUGAAUAAGUGAAUUGUGCCAGAUUACUUAGCAGCAUUAUUGUAUUGAACCUGAUGAAUUGACUGUGUAAUCAAAUGAUUGCAUUGUUGAAGAUAGUCAGUAGAAUGCAGUUUGUUCAGAAAGCACUAGUCUGGUUAAAAUGUCUCAUUGGAAAAAGGGUAUUUCGUGUAAACAUGCAUUUUUCUUAAAUGGUAAUUAACUCUUGUUGUAUGGUCAAAUCAAUGGAAAUCACCUCUGCUGGUAUAUUAAAACUAAUGGUGGGGCUUGCCAAGCCGUUAUUUUAUUCGUACCAAGCCUGAUAUAUAACAACACGAUCAGGCGGUUAUCUUUUUUUCCUGUUUAUCAUACCCCUAAGUCCCCGUUUUUAUAAGAAUAUUUAAAAAAAAUUGCUAUGAUGCUGCAUUUUUUGCGGGAACGAAUACUAUUUUUUAUGUAUUAAUAAUUACGACAUAAGUAUAUGUGCUAUAUAUUUGUAAAAUUUGUUUUUUGCUGUUAAUGUUGCUUUAUGUGUAAAAAAUAUGUAAUAGCUUGGUAUCAAAUUUUUUGUCUUGUUGUUUGUGAUUCUAUUUAAACAAAAAUGAUAACUUUAUAGUUGUUUCUGAUAAAUAUGAAUUAUUCCAAACAUUGAGUGACAUAACAAAUUCCGGAUGACCUGAUAUAAAUAAAUAUAUCAGGCAUCGUUAUAUUAGGUAGAUAACAAUGUAGCAGUCUGAUAAAUUGAAUGUACCUAUUUUAAGAUUAAAUAUCACUGUAUCAUAUGUAAUAUAUUUAAAACAUGAAUGUCCCAUGAUUUUAAAACUGAAUAACUUAAUAGUCCAUAUAUCUUAUGCAAAUGCUGUUCCCCAAAGUUGUCUGCAUUAAAGUCCUGUACUCGCUAUAGUUUUUUAAUUUAUGUAUGAUGUGUUACUUGAAUAGAUUAUUAACAGAAUCUGUGAUAUUUGUUUUAUGAAACAUAUUUGAUUUUGUUAUAAUUGAUUCUCAGUACCAUGUUAAUCCAUGCAUGCUUAUAUAUGUACAAAGAGUACAAUACAAAUAUUUGUAUACCAGUAAUUGUUAUAUGUUUUGUUCUUUAAGUUUGAUGUUUUGCUGUUCGACAAUUGUUGACAGAUAUAUAUGUACACUUGUUUAAUUUUCACCCGUAUACUUACUCAUUUUAUCAGUUGAUGAUCCAGUCAGUAUAAUUAUUAUGUUAUGUUAAGCAGUGUGAAACAAAAUUACAUGUUUUAUAUUUCAAUUAUUUCAUCCACAAUUCGUUCAGCACCAAUAACAGGUGUAAGUUUUGUAUUACAUUCCAUAUUUUUAUAAUAAAAGUGGACGCCACAUAACAGCCAUAUACCAGUAUCAGAUAUUUAAGGCAAUCGUUAUUAAAUAUCUAUACAAUUUGUUUUAUUGCAACGCUUUUAGUAAGAAGCGAGUUAAUUAUAACAAAUUGAACAAUGUACAAUCUCACCUGUUGAAUGUUAAUAACAGUUUGCUUUUCUUGCCAUGAUAUUCAUUUAUGUUUCACUUGUUUUUUAUUUAAGCUGAUAUUUCGGUAAUGAAUUACAUUUAUGUUUAAUACUCAUAUCAUGUCAUAAAAACUGUCUAUAUUAAUAUAUAUCAUCAUACUUUCAUAAAGGCAUAAAUCACUAGUUCUUGUGUACAUCGAACAAAUUGACUACUUGAAUGGUAAAAACAAUAUCAACACAGUCACAGAUAUAUGCACCUUUUUCUUGUCCAUUUUUGUUGAUAGAUGUACAAUUUGUGAAAGCUCAGGUGAUGGUAAAACAUGCUUUACUGUGGUAUGUGCAUAGUAUUUUAUUUUAUUUAAAUUUUAUGUGUAUGCUCACUACAUUUUGUUGAGCAAAUUAAUUUUGGUAAUAAUGGCCCAUGUUGUUAAUUUUGUAAUAUAUGUAUACUGUAAUGUUAUAUGAACACAGGCAUGUUCAAAGUAAAUAAAUAGUGCAAUACGAA